AUGUCUCGUGCUUGUCAGGUUGCAAGUCGCAAGCGGUCCGUGGACGGCAUUAGCUUGGAGGAUCGAGAGGCUUCCAAGACGCCGGAUACGGAAAUGGAGGAACAGCUCUGUGCACAAGCCGCAGAAACUCUCAAUCGUUUCAUCCAGUCAUUCCACAUUUUUGCCAGUACUGAGAUGGCUCGCAAUCGACUCAAGAGCUCGCUGUAUCUAUCGAAUCAACGGCGACAUCGAAAGGAAUACUCGAUUCUCGCUGAUGGGAUUUUCGACAAAGCGUUACAAGGUUAUAAGGUGCAGACAUCGGAGCUACCGGGACUGCCAGAUCGCUAUGUAAAACGUACGGUAAAGAUACAUUUGGUCAAUCGCAAGACCCAAACUAGCGUCAAUAGGCGAGCAGUGAUUCUACCAAAAGUACCUCCGAUUCCAACUGCCACCAUGUGGACGGCUUUAACAACGAACUUUGAGGUGGAGGAUGAACCGACACUUAAAUUUGUACCGUACUUUGGCGACGAUGAUGAAGAUGAUGUUGUGUCAGCGUUCUACCAAAUCAAACAGCAAAGAACGAGCGCAUGCGAGGUAGAAUUUACGAAGGAAAUGUGUGAAGGUGUAUUGAAAGCUCUUCAAGCAACGUGGGAUCUUACCGUAAGCGAUCUAAAGCGCGUGGCAAAUGUGCUUAAAGUGGAAGAAGAGGUGCUGGUUGAAGUGCACAAACAUUUACGUCUAUCACAACACGAAGCGAAGAAAAGACGACGAGUGGAAGCAAUAGUUGUUGUAAAAGGGCAGACUAAUUCUAAUAUGGAUGAACGAGCUAAGGAUGACUUGCUGAACUCUGUUGAUCCGAAUAUAUCAAUGGACGAAUACGUUCGGUUGUACGAGAAACUAGCUGAUUCGUAUCGCAGCCUUUUCUGUCGACGUUGCUUUGUUUAUGACUGUGACUACCACGGAUGCAAAGAACAGUCCAAGCUGAUUAUCUUGGAACAAAAUGCCGUUGCGCGGAACAUGGAGGAGAAGAGAACAAUGAUCAACACAGGCCGCAACUGUGAAAACAACUGUUUUCUUAGCACAACGAGUUCUUCGAGCUUCAAUGGCAUUUCCAAGGCUCGCGCUGUCUCUGCCACUUUCAAGUGGAACAGACAGACGAGCAUCCUUUGUGCACGCACUUAUAUUAUGUGCGCAGGAAACUUUUGCGAAAUGGCGAAGAUAAUUGGCGACAAAAAUUGCAAGGAAGUCGCCGAGAUAUGUGCGUACUGCAAUAUUAAUGACCGCAGUUUGCCAAUUAAGGCUCGUGUGCAAUCAAAAUGUCGACGAUCGCGGAAGAAGAAGAGUGCCCGAAUGUCAAUCGCCCAUUUACAGAAUUCUCGAAACGGCGUAGUGAAUUCUGUUCAGAUCAAAAUUGAGCCUUGCUCCCACUUAGGGUCGUGUGAGCCAGGCAUUUGCUCUUGUGUUGAAGAUGGCAUAUUUUGCUCAAAGCAUUGUCAUUGUGUCCACGAUGAGUGCAAGAUAUUCUUUUCAGGUUGCCAGUGCCAGCGCGGUCGCUGUCGUACAAAGGCCUGUCCAUGCUUUUGUGCAGGCCGCGAAUGUGAUAUCGAUUUGUGUAAAGUGUGUUCUGCAGAUGAAAUUGCAGUGCGAGAGAAGGGUGAGCUGUUUUACAACAAUAACAGCAACACGAGUGAUAAUAUGACAAUUGAUGAUCGACAUGAAACGACUUGUCAAAAUCGCAGUAUCGCGCUCGGCAAACAGAAGCACGUACGAAUGGGCCGUUCGAAGCUCCGUGCUGCUGGCUGGGGUCUUUUUGUGGAUGACUUUGUUGCAAAGGACGAGUUUAUCAUCGAGUAUAUUGGUGAAAUGGUAUCGCAAGAAGAAGCUGAUCGACGUGGUGCUGUCUAUGACAAAGUUGAUUGCAGUUAUUUGUUUAAUCUGGAUACAAAAACUGUGAUUGAUUCAACACGAAAGGGGAACAAGACUCGAUUUAUUAAUCACUCGUCAAAGAGUCCAAACUGCAUAUGCAAAAUCAUGAACGUGAGCAGCGAUUUUCGAAUUGGCUUGUUUGCAACUCACGAUAUUCAACCCCAUACUGAGCUCUUUUUUGAUUAUGGUUUCGACAAGGAGCUGUACCAUGCAGAGCUCGUUAAACAGCCAAACGUUACACAGUGGAUGAAGGAAUGA